ACGUUACCGUAUCAGAAAUGAAACAUGCACGGUAGAUCAAUUAGGAUGGUUUCUUCUCUAAAGUAUACUAUCUUAAGAAAUCUUGCUUUUUAUUAAUAUAAAGUGUCGUAAAAGUUUAACAAUUUUUUUUAAUGGAGCAAUGUUUUACAUCAAUGCAUACUCUUAAUAGACUAAACCAAUAAAAAUUGUUCUUUAGUCUUUAAUGCACAACUUUUUUUCUUCAAGUUUAAUAGCAAACACUCUUUUUAUUCAAUAGUUUAGAGCUUUAAAUUCAAUCUUUUUUUCCUUCGACGAUUUCCUGGAAUAUAUAUUGUUAAACAGGAGUAAAUGUUAACUAAAAUUUCUAAAAGUAUCUAAUUUGUAUAACAAAAUCCUGCCGCAACAAGCAUUGUUUUUCUAAUAUAACACAAGUAUGGAGUAUCUUUACAUGAGUAACUGUGAUUUUUUUGAAUCCAAAGAAAAUUUAAAUGCUUCAAACAGUAUCCAAUCUCCAUCAAAAAAAAUGAAUGUUAAAACGUCUUACAUUCACCUAAGAGGAAAACCAACACAAGACCUUACUAAAACAAAACUAUGUGAAAAUUAUAUUAAGGGUUUAUGUUAUGAUUCAAAGUGUAAAUGGGCUCAUGGUCGCCAUGAACUUAGAUCAACUGAAAAUUUUUAUAAAACGUCACUUUGUAAAUAUUGGCUUAAUUCUAUUUGUUAUGCGGGAGAGUCAUGCCGCCAUGCUCAUGGGGAAGCAGAAUUGCGAGAGCCUAAGGUACCCGCUCGUGUAUGCCUUCAAAACAAUAAAACAAGACAUAGUCAUUUAAAUACGGGAAACCCUGAUAUAUCACCAUCAAAUUUCUUAAAUUUUGAGAGAAAUGUUGAAGGAAGCAAGUUGAACCUAAAUUUGCAACAAUUUUCCGGAAAAACUACAAAGUUGAAGACGUCAGAUCGAAUGAUCGAAACACGUCCAUUAGGUUGUGAUUGGUCUCACGGAUCUAUCAAUAAAUUCAAUGAUUGUGCUUCAACAGUACCGCCAACUGUAGCUGGUGAUUCGAGCUAUAGCACUCCACAAGGUUAUGUUGCAAGUCAUAGUGAUAAAGAAAUCAAACCAGUCGAAGUGUCUGAAAAUGUUCAAUCAUUAAAACAGGUUGAAAGCAUUUUGAAAAACAUCCAAGAAACUCAUGAAGCUACGAGAGAACGAUCCGCAGAUGUGUCAACAAUUCCAUAUUGGAGGUCGGCUCACGAUACUGAUGGAGUUCGUCGAUAUACCGUUCCAACAUGUUCACACAUCAAUUUUGAUAAAAAGAAUGUCGCAUUAUUAGAAAAAUCUCGUGCAUAUCAAGAAACGGAACCGGAAUUUUUUCUUUCUUUUUAUUCGCAUGAUUAUGAUUUACCCAUUAAUACAUCCUUUAAUCAUUCACCGGAUUAUCGACGUUACACAGUACAUGACGUUUUGAAGUUGGAUUCAAAAGAACAUUUAGACUCUUUUAAUCACUCGAACAGGCAAAGAGCAGUUAAAAAUCAAUUUUGCAAUGAGUGCUUACCUGCGUUAAACCGUUUCGAUUCACUUCAUUUUGAUAAACUACUUUCUGAUGUAAAUCCAUUUGAGAUAGAGAAUAAUAAAAAAAAUACUGAAUUGGUGUUCGAUCCCUUCCAAUCAUCAAUGUCAUUUUUGCAUCCAUCGGAUUAUUGUGAUUCGAAGGAAGUAAAUGAAAACAAAACUGAACGGAAUUCAGUUGCAAUAUGUUUAACGGAAAAUGACACUGAAAAAAGUACUUAUGCAAACAUACUACCUGUGUGUGAAAAAUCAUUUCCCGAAGUCAAUUUAAUAAAUUAUUUAGAUUAUUGGCCGAGUGUAAGAGGCUCGGGAGCAACAAAUCAGUUAUUUCAAAAUUUGUCUAAGAAAUCAUCAGAAAAACAUUUAACACAUUUAAAUUAUGAGCAGGAUCCAAAUUUACAUUCAUUUGGCAACUCGGCCAAAUGGAGUUCUUUAAAUGAUCAAAUGUUCUCUAGUCGAUUGAAUAAUAAUGCCGAUUUAGGGGAUCCAUUAUUUCCUAUGGAAUUGUGUGAUAUUAGACGAAAGAAACGACAUACUCUACCGGCAAUUAAUUUUGACAAUUUACCAGACAUAAGUUUUUUUGAAAAAAUCUGGAAGGAACGACCCAUUUAAACUGGAAACCAUACAUUUUAAAUGAAAAAAUUAUUUUUUCUAGUGAUGGAUAAAGCAUAUACGUUUGUAUUUUUACACAAGUCUGUAUAUUUUAAUAUUAAAGUUUUUUCAUUUUAUCUAUUGGAUUAAUAAAAAUGUUUUAAGUGUAAUGAAGCGGAAUCCGGCUUUUCCAAACCGCUUUUUUUUCAAAAAAAACACAUUUGAAAAUAGAAAAAAAGUCGUGAAAUUUUUUAUUAAAAUAAAAAAGUAUUUCACAUUAAUGUUAUAUCUUUUGUAAAGGGAAUAUGUUUCAUACAAUUUUGUGUGGUUAAAAAAAAUUGUAAAUCUGUCAAAACUCUUUUUUCCUCUCAUGAAUAAAUUGUCAUCGCGUUAAAAUAUAUAACCUGCCUUUAACUUAAAACUAUUAGAAACACACACAUUUAGCUAUAGAAUGCUACACAAAAUUGCGCUUUUGGUAACUAAAAAGUAUCUUUUUUUUAUAUUGGUUUUUUAUAAUACAUGUAAUGUUUUGUAAAUAAUUUUUGAAAUAAUUCUUGUCAUGAAUAAUGAAUUCUAUGCAAUUUUCAUGAAUGUCAG